UGAAAACAAACCAGAACCCAACAAGAGCAAAAAGCGCAGAAACGAAAAACCCAAAAAGGCCAUGAAAACAGUAGUUCUAACCUCAGAGUCGUCUGUAAAAUCCUUCGCCAGCACAAACAUGGAAUCUGAAUCCCGAGAUAGUUGUUACUUUCCGGGAUGCCGAAAAGAUGCUAAUUGCGGAUGCGAAAUCUGCAUAGCUAGCAUCAACGCUACCCUUGAUUUAAUGCCGCAAAGCAUCCAAAGAAGCUCUCUCACUAAGCUCUCGGUUUCGAAACCCAUUCCUAGAAGCCCGGUUUCGUUCAAUCCCUCGUUUCUUUCCACACCCAGAUCGAGUACUCCAACAGUUUUGGUGUCCCCGCCGCUGAAUUCUACAGCCAGAAUGGGUUUUCAUGAGAAGAUUAAGAGGAAGAAGAGAGAGUUGGGUAUUGGGUUUAUGUUGAUGAGACUGUUUCGGACUCUGAGCUUGGUUUUUCUGGCGGAGUUUGGGUUUUCUUGGGUGGUUUCUGGGGUUUUUCAACCUAAAUUGUCGCCUGAUAUUAUAAGGCAUGUGGGCCAGAAAUCAUGGGUAUUGCCAGAUUUGAAUGAAAGACUAUCAUUCUUGAAGAAAGAAAUAGAAAAUUUGGUUCAAGAGGAGGCUUCAAACUGUAGCACUGAUAAUUCUGUAUGGGACAUCAAUCAGGAUGGUUUGCUCUUGAAUUCGCAUUGUACAUUGUACAAAUCCGCAAUCGAGGAGGUGAGCAUAUGGGGGUGGCCUUUACAGACUGCUGGAUUGCUCACAGCUGAAUUUUCUUCACGAUCAUUCACUAUCUUAUCCGGAAGAGUCACUGAGUGGUUCAAUGGUGAGGUCGGGUAUCAGAUUCGACACACAAAUAGUUCUUGGGUACAAGGAAAAUGGAGCAGCUCUGUUGUGCAACUAGAUCGCAGUACAUGGAUUCUUGAGUAUCGACGAAGCUCUUUAAUGGAAAAUGGACGAUUGAUUUCUGCAGCAAUAGAAUUCUUGAAAUUCAGGAUGAUGAGAGAGGUUCAAAAAAUGAAGCAGGAGUUCUGGUUGUUGUAUGCGCUUGGAAGACAGUACAGAGACUUUACAGGAGAAAGUUUCAGAGUCCCCACUUGAGAAAACUCCAUGGAUACUGGAGUCUCUUCAUCUUCCCUGAGCAGUUGACCAGUUCUCAUUACUUGUGAGAAGCUUUUGAUAAUCUUCUUGCUUUUAGCGUAGUUGUAUUUGUAUAAGGAGACCUCAAUCCCUCUGUUUUUUGUUCUUUAUGACUAUUUUAAAUUUCUCUUUUGCUCUACUUUGCUAAGAUCAAUAUGUACAUGCCAAUUCAUUGAUGAUACCCAAAAAUAGCAAAAUUUGAGGGUAACACGUGGAAACAAUUUGACG